UGCAGCCGGCAGCUUCCCCUUUUCUGCCCUGCUCCUGGAGCCGGGCUCCUUCCCCUCAGUGCCUCAGAGGAGGGGACAGCAGCACCAUGGCCCCCCGCACGGCUGCCGUCCGCCAGACCUGCUGCUGCUUCAAUGUCCGCAUUGCCACCACCGCCCUGGCCAUCUACCAUGUGAUCAUGAGUGUGUUGCUGUUCAUCGAGCACUCAGUGGAGGUGGCCCGUGGCAAGGCCUCUUGCAAGCUCCCGCAGAUGGGCUACCUCAGGAUCGCCGACCUGAUCUCCAGCUUCCUGCUCAUCACCAUGCUCUUUGUCAUCAGCUUGAGCCUGCUCAUCGGAGUGGUCAAGAACCGGGAGAAGUACCUGCUGCCCUUCCUGUCCCUGCAAAUCAUGGACUUCCUCCUGUGCCUGCUUACCCUGCUGGGCUCCUACAUCGAGCUGCCCGCCUACCUCAAGUUUGCCUCCCGGAGCAGCCGUUCCGGCCCCUCCAAGGUGCCACUGAUGACCCUGAAGCUGCUGGACUUCUGCCUGAGCAUCCUGACCCUCUGCAGCUCCUACAUGGAAGUGCCCACCUAUCUCAACUUCAAGUCCAUGAACCACAUGAAUUACCUCCCCAGCCAGGAGGGUAUGGCUCGUAACCAGUUCGUCAAGAUGAUGAUCAUCUUCUCCAUUGCCUUCAUCACGGUCCUCAUCCUGAAGGUCUACAUGUUCAAGUGCGUGUGGAGAUGCUACAGAUUCAUAAAGUACAUGAACUCGGCCGAGGAGAGGACCAGCAAGACGCUCCAGAAGGUGGUCCUGCCGUCCUACGAGGAAGCCCUGGCUCUGCCGUGCAAGACUCCGGAGGGGAGCCCAGCGCCGCCCCCAUACUCAGAAGUGUGACGCCCGCCAGGCCUCAGCCCUGGUGCUAGGAGGGGCGGAGGUGCCUCGUAAUCCGCUUCUUCGCUUUGGUGGCCCCUGUGGCCUGGGAGAACCGCCUGGCUGACUUCAGGACAAUCCGCUUGUGUCCCCCUCGCUGGCCUGCUUUUCCCGCGGGGCCUGGGAGAUGCUCACCAUUGGGUCAACCCUUCAGGCUGAAGGACUCCUUGGGUCUCUCAUGAAUUCAGUCCAACAACGCUCGGCUUAUUUUGAUCAGCUCUGACGUGUGUUUAAACGAUUGGUCAUUCUAAAUUCACUGAGUUUGGUUAAACACCUCUCAGCUUGACCAGUUUCACCCGGGGGCUGACCAACCAAACACACUUGUCAGUUCAGUAAAAUAAUUUGGUCAGCCAACAACAGUCCAUUGCAUUGGUUAUAAAUAGUUAGUUCACACAGCAAUUUAGUCAAGGAAUCAUCAGUUAGUCCUCCCUGCCAAAUACAUGUAUCCAAUUUCUCGAAAUAGCUUGCUUUAAACACUGAUCAAGUCAGCCAACCAGCCGGCAGUUUAGAAUAGUGAUAAAAUUAAAAAAAAAAAAAUCAAAUUAGCCCCUAAACCAUUCAAUUCAAUCUGAUCCAAUAACCGGCUGCCCACUCUGGUCAAUUCAGUACUUCUGAAUGGCUGAGUAACUGUUAAAUCAAAUGAAAAUUCAAUCAGAGAGUUGCCAAACUGUCAUUAAAUGGCUAGUUCCAGGAAAUAAUAGUUGUUUCAAUCAUCAAACAGUCCCUUCAAACAUGCAAUUGUUUGCUAAAGAGCUGUCAUCCUCAACCAUCGGUCACACGUGGUCAGUGUAGUCACAUGGCUGUGGGUUCUGUGGAAUGGGCCCCUCCCCACGGGCAGCUCUACUAACGAGCUGUCAGGCCGUUCCACAGUCCCGACCACCCGUCAUCCAUUCGGUUGUAGGAGACUCAGUUCUGCCUGACGCUUGUGGUCAAGCAGAAAUUCAGCCCUGAAAUCAGGCAAAUCCGUUUGUUGGCCUAAAUCCACAGAUUAGUUCAGUCCAAACAGGCAAACCCUUUGUGGGCACAGACGCUGCCCGGGGGGCCCGUGUUGGUGGUGGGGGUGGGGAAGGUUUGAGCCCCAACACCCCCUGCUCUGCCUGCUCCCUGUGGGCCGGGGUUCCCGAGGGAGCUGACCCGAAGGCAGAGAUGGGGCCACGGAGGCAGGUUCUCUGGGGUCCGAGGGGGGACAGAGGGAGAGGGCUGUGCAAGAGGCUUCCCGCCAGUACCCCCUUGUAAUUGCUUCGUGUGUGAAGGGGAAGAAUUUUCAAUAAAGCAGCAACACGCUUC